GGCUCAAUUUGCAGACCACGGCCGGGGAAGGGCGGGAAUGCAGAUCGGCCCCAUACUCAAGGCGACCCGAAGGGACCCGGCGGUCCAGAUCUGCAGUGUUGUGUCGAGGUGUAGGGACGGGUGCUGUAUGUAUUUCCAACAAUCGGAGCGUCGAGGUUCUCCAAGGCGAGCGCACUGUCUGCGGAGGCGGCGUGUGCCAAAGAAAGACCAGGUGUGUCGCGGGUCACGACGCCGAAGCAAACAUGCUCCGUCGGAGCGCAUGGGCAAGGACGUCGUGUCUCGUAGAUUUGGGGGUGGAAGUUGGACAGGGCGGUUACCUGAUUGCCCCGUUAUGUCGGAGGGUGGCUUGCUUCGGAAGAUUCAAGAUCGUCGUGAUAACGCGGUGGGCAGAUUAUCCCUCGCUUGUCUCGGGACUCCAUUUUGCAACACAUGUAUGCGGACGGAGUUACCGCAAGGCUGCGGCGCCUAGCUUAGUAUUCUCCCAGUCGUGUUGCUGAAAACGAACGAAACCAUAAGGGCUUGAGGGUGACUCGAUAUAUCCACUUGGCCGCGUAAAAAGCCGAGGAUCGCCGAGCUUCCUUAUCGAGCUGCCUGAUAUGGUUGUUUGCAGAUUUCACAUCACGCUGUCGUGCGGUUUCCAGGUGCACGAUAAACGCUGUACGAAAGAGAUGGA